GCCAUCGCUCACCCACUGUCGGAUGCACACUCGACGUACAGAACCUCUUCUCGACCACAUGCAGCAGACCACCACCCACUCCCGAACACCAAUUAUGACUGCAGGCGACAUCAGCCCUCCACACAACACGACACAGUGGGUCUACCCCCUCCUGUUACUCCUGCUGAACUGGCAAACGCCAAUGUGGAUACGCCAGCCCAGCCAGAGAAUGGUCCAACAGCGAAAAGCAAGGCCAAGUCAGCAGACCACGUCAGCAGGCCAAGUCAGCAGACCACGUCAGCAGGCCAAGUCAGCAGACCACAUCAGCAGGACACGUCAGCAGGACACGUCAGCAGGACACGUCAGCAGGAGACGUCAGCAGGACACGUCAGCAUUGCCACGUCAGCAGCAAGGGAUGCCACAUCAGCAGGCACCGGUCUGGUCUAUGCUGUUGCGUUCACAGACGGCAGUCAUGGACCAGAAGGUCGGGGAAACAGACGAGGCCUGUCAGGCCCACAUGUUAGCCUGGGGUACCGAGACAAAGAAGCGGGCAGAUGACGCUGCCGCAGCAGCCAAGAAAAGGGCAGAGGAUGCCGAGCAGGCACACCUGCUGGCCGUACAACAACAGCGCCAGCACGACGAGGCAGCAGCAAGGGCUGCCGAUGAAGAGAGAACACAGCGUCGUGAGAAGAUAUUCACCGGAGAGCGGGCGUUACUUACCAUGGCAGCAGAAUGGCGAAGCGAGGCGGAGAAUAACCAGUUGGAAGAUAGCGCAAACAAGAUAGCGCUCCUCCUCUUGCAUCUCACAGACCUCCUGGCAACCUGCAUUACACAGCAGGCGGAGAUCCUUGGUCUCGACAACUCGGUAGCUCAUCUCCAAGACCGCCUUCAGCGGUUGGAGCAGCAACCAGUCGCCGCCACCGACGCAUGCUCUUCCAAUACUGUCGACCGCCUCACCGCAUUGGAGAUGCACGUCGGCUCCCUCCAGGACGGGGCACAGUUACAGCAGACCGUGACGCAACAGUUGCAGCAGAGGAUCUGCACUACCACCACCACCUCGAGUCCGGAGCCGCGCGAGACAGCUCCUAAGUUCCAUGGGCAGGAGAUCUUCCACGACUCAAUCAAGACAGAUCCAAUUCCAUGGUUUCGCAAGUUCGAGCUCACGCUGCAGCUCCACAACGUCAAGGAACACAAGCAUCACGCCUACUUGUACUCUCGCUCAGGGGGCGCGUGUCAGGCUUGGUUGGACAACCAGUUGUCCAAAUACGGAGUGGUAGAUAAUGACUUACACACCAAGAUCACCUGGGAUGAUCUGAAGGCGGCGUGGCACAAGCGGUUCCAGGUGGAGCCGCCAAAGAUCAAAGCCAUGGACAAGCUCAUGGUCUUCGAGCAAGGCAUGCUGCCGAGUACGGACUGGAUCGCCGAGUACCAACGCUUGACGUCAGUCCCAGACAUCCAGAUGGGCUUCAAGGCCAUCCGCCACUACUUCAUCUCAAGGUCAUGUCUGACAUUGAGCAAUGCCCUAAAGCAUGUCGAGGACACCUUGACGACGACGGCGGAGUUAUUUGACAAGGCUGCGCAGAUCAUCGUCACGAACAAGGAGGCCAAGAACCUCCGUUCAUCUGCAUCAGGCCCGAGCAGGGACCAGCAUCGGCCAAGAGUGGCCGUGGUCACAGCGGCAGCGUCGUUAGACCAAWCCAGCGAGGCUGCGUCUGCCAGUGAAGGAGACAGAUUCGCAGCCGCCCGGGAAGGUGGCCGCGCCGGCAGAGGCCGAGGGCGCAGCAAGCCGAAGACACACACCGUUUCUAGCCCCGAGCCCGGUGCAACAGCUCAAACAGGCCCAUGGACCCCGUAUGGCAUCUCCGAGUCCGCCUACAAGGCGCGCGAGAGAUUCCACUAUUGCCUUUGGUGCAACAACGAUCUUCAUCAGACGCAGUCUUUUAUGCAAAGAGCUGGCCUUGGCGCACAAGUUCGAAGGAAGGCAAACUCGACGGCGAUCAAGUUUGCGGAUGGUAAGACGCAACAACUUCUCGACCGUUACAUCGAGGCCGUACCGGUCUACUUCGCACCUCAUCCAUGCGAACCGAUAACAUUCGAUAUUCUCGACUCGGACUUCGACAUCAUUCUGGGAAUGCCUUGGCUCGCAAGUGCGGAUCACACGGUCCACUUCCAUCGGCGGACUCUUAGCGUUCGCGACGCCUUUCGCACGGAAGUGGCGUGUACUAUUCCUCUACCGCACUCUUCGAUCCGGUGCCAAGUGGUGACGGCCAAAUCAUUCUGGGCGACUUGUGCUUACGAGCAGUCCGAGGAGAUCGGCCUAUGUUUCCUACGGACCGUCGCGAUAGCCGACUCUUCACCCACGGACUUAUCCUCCGACCCCCGUGUGGUACGGUUGCUGGACGAGUUCGCCGACAUCUUUGAGUCACCUACCGGUGUGGUGCCGGGUCGGUCGAUCUCUCACGAGAUCAUUCUUGAGGCCGGAACCGUGCUGCCGAAAGGUUGCAUCUAUCGGAUGAGCGAGAAGGAGCUUGAGGUACUCCGCGCACAACUCAAUGAUUUGUUGGCCAAGGGCUGGAUCCGUCCGAGUUGCUCCCCAUAUGGAGCACCAGUUCUCUUCGUCAGGAAGAAGAACAAGGAUCUACGAUUGUGCAUCGACAACCGCAAGCUCAACACGCAAACCGUCAAGAAUGGGGGGCCUUUUCCUCGCAUCGACAAUCUUCUCGAGCGGCUGGGCGGUGCGAACCGAAUGAUCGCUACAGAACCGCGGUACAAGCAUUUUGAGUGGGUGGUCAUGCCUUUUGGCCUCACCAACGCCCCGACGACAUUCCACGCGGCGAUGACCAAUGAGUUUCGCGCAAUGUUGGACCGGUUCGUGCUGGUCUACUUAGACGAUAUUCUCGUCUACAGCCAAACAAUGGAGGAUCAUCUUGGACAUCUUCGACGAGUGUUGGAGACGCUCCACCGUGCCAAGUACAAGGCCAACCGCGACAAGUGCGAAUUUGUCCGGCAAGAGUUGGAAUACUUGGGCCAUUUGGUCACACCGGAGGGCAUCAGUCCGCUAUCGGACAAGAUUCAGGYCGUCCAAGAGUGGCCGGAGCCUCGGAACGUCACGAAUGUCCGCUCGUUCCUCGGUCUUACCGGCUACUAUCAGCGCUUCAUCAAAGGCUACUCCAAGAUCGCAGCCCACUUGAACAAGCUUCAGUGCGAGGAUCGACCGUUUGACUCUGGAGAGGAGGCGCGGGGAUCAUUCCUCGCUCUCAAAGCCGCGCUAUUGUCUGCGGAGGUCUUGCGGAUAUACGACCCGCUCGCGCCUACACGUGUCACUACGGAUGCGUCAGGCUAUGGCAUUGGUGCAGACCUCGAGCAACAUGAUGGUGUGGACUCGCACCCGGUCGAGUACUUCAGCAAGAAAGUGCCACUCGUGCAUUCCAUUGACGAUGCACGCAAGAAGGAGCUCCUCGCCUUCGUCCACGCGCUCAAGCGGUGGCGGCACUUCCUCCUUGGUGGAAGCCAAUUUCGCUGGGUAACGGACAACAAUCCGUUGGGUCUUCUACAAGACCCAAGACACCACACUGAGAAGGGAGAGGCUUCUGAUGUGAAGCCUCAGAUCCCGCCUGACCCUUUAGAGGUUGAACUGCGGGCCGAGGAGGAGAAACUCCGCCAGCAGGCCAAGGGAGUUGAAACUCUAAAGGCUGAGCUGCAGAAGAAAGAAGAAGCAGUUCAAAAGGAGGCCACGAGGAAACUGCUUGCUGCAGAUGUGGAGAAGGUCAGGGGCUGUACCAUCUUUAGCAAGAUCGAUCUCAAAUCUGGCUAUCACCAGAUUGAGAUGGCUAAAGGCGAUGUCCACAAGACAGCCUUCAAAACCAGGAAGUUCAUCAAGAACUUCUCUGCGAUUGCAGCAUUCUUGACUGAUCUCACAAAGAAAGACACUUCCUUUCUUUGGACAUCAGAAUGUCAGGAGGCUUUCACACAUCUCAAGGAGGCCUUGAUUCGUGCCCCUGUCUUGAAGCUACCUGACCCUACCCUACCUUUUGUGCUUACUACUGAUGCKAGUCAGUAUGGUGUAGGGGCGGUACUUCAGCAGGAUGAUGGGAAUGGUCUGCAGCCUAUCGAAUACAUGAGCAAGAAGAUCAAAACGAAGAAGCUGCAUGACUCUACCUAUGAGAAAGAGUUGUAUGCUCUUGUGUCAGCGCUCAAGCAUUGGAAACACUUCCUCCUGGGCAGUCACUUCAAGAUCUUUUCAGAUCACUGCACCCUUCAGUGGAUGAAGUCCCGGGGAGAGCUGAAUGACAAGCUUGCUCGUUGCAUUCAGUUCAUUGACAUGUUUGACUUUGAACUGAAACACAAGAAGGGCUGCUACAAUCGAGUAGCAGAUGCUCUGUAUCUGAUCUCCUUCACUCACUCAUUUGGAGAGAGGACACGUCAGACCAUUGCCCAGUUGCUGCCCAGGAUGAGAUCUUUGGGCCUAUUGUGAGGAAUCUCCAGGACGAUCCUGCCUCUGAACCAUAAUAUACUCUGGUCUCAGGACUGCUGUACACAUGCAGCAGACGUGAGGAGCGUCUGUGCAUUCCCCAGGA